CUUAAAUGUUUUAAAACAAAGGCUGCAUCCCCGACAGAGGGCAAUGCUGAAUGGAAGGUUACUACUCGUGAGGAAUUGACUGCAUUGUAUAAAGUAAUAUUACUUAGGAGGUCAGUGGUGCGGCUAUGGAGGUGUGGCUUUUUUGCAAAUAAAUGCACUUCAGCUGACUUCAUUCCCAGAAGGGCGUUGAAGGCAUUAGUUCUCUAAGGCUUUAAGGUGCUUCUUUAAAACCACACUUUUCUAGAAGACAGUACCAUGGGAGGGAGGUUCAGCAAGAAAAAGAGAGAAUAUACUUUAAAUGACCCUCAAAGCCAAGAAUCUGAAUCUGUUGCAGAUUCAUCUUGUGUUGACGCUGAGGAACAAAAAACACAGGAUGAAACUUUUGAAGCAAGUUCAGCAGCACCCUCGCAUGCAAGUAAGGAAACUGUGGAACAGAAAACACAGGCUGCGACUGUUGAAGCAAGUGAAGCUGCACCCUUGCAUGCAAGUAAGGAUACUGUGGAACAGAAAACGCAGGCUGUGACGGUCAAAGCAAGUGAAGCCACACCCUUCCACGCAAGUAAGGAUACUGUGGAACAGAAAACGCAGGCUGUGACUGAUGAAGUAAGUGAAGCCGCAUCCUUGCACACAAGGAAGGAAACUGUGGAAAUGAAAACGCAGGCUGUGACUGUUGCAGCAAGUGAAGCUGCACCAUUACCCGCAAGGAAGGAAACUGUGGAACCAGCUGCACCCUUGCACACAAGUAAGGGUACUGUGGAACAGAAAACGCAGGCUGUGACUGAUAAAGCAAGUGAAGCCGCACCCUUGCACACAAGGAAGGAAACACUGGAACCAAAAAUGCAGGCUGUGACUGUUGCAUCAAGUGAAGCUGCACCCUUGCAUGCAAAGAAGGAAACUGUGGAACCGAAAACUCAGGCUGUGACUGUUGCAGCAAGUGAAGCUGCACCCUUGCCCGCAAGGAAGGAAACUGUGGAACCAAAAACGCAGGCUGUGACCAUUGUAGCAAGUGAAGCUGCACACUUGCAUACAAGUAAGGAUACUGUGGAACAGAAAACACAGGCUGUGACUGAUGAAGCAAGUGAAGCCACACCCUUGCACACAGGGAAGGAAACUGUGAAACCAAAAACACAGGCUGUGACUGACGAAGCAAGUGAAGCCGCACGCUCGCACGCAAGUAAGGAUACUGUGGAACAGAAAAUGCAGGCAGUGACCGAUGAAGCAAGUGAAGCCACACCCUUGCACACACAGAAGGAAACUGUGGAACUGAAAACUCAGGCUGCGACUGUUGCAGCAAGUGAAGCUGCACCCUUGCCUGCAAGGAAGGAAACUGUGGAACCAAAAACACAGGCUGUGACCAUUGUAGCAAGUGAAGCUGCACCCUCGCAUGCAAGUAAGGAUACUGUGGAACAGAAAACUCGGGCUGUGACUGUUGCAGCAAGUGAAGCUGCACCCUUGCCCGCAAGGAAGGAAACUGUGGAACAGAAAACGCAGGCUGUGACCAUUGUAGCAAGUGAAGCUGCACCCGUGCAUACAAGGAAGGAAACUAUGGAACCAAAAAUGCAGGCUGUGACCGAUGAAGCAAGUGAAGCCGCACCCUCGCACGCAAGUAAGGAUACUGUGGAACAGAAAAUGCAGGCUGUGACCGAUGAAGCAAGUGAAGCCACACCCUUGCACACAAGGAAGGAAACUGUGGAACUGAAAACACAAGCUGUGACUGUUGCAGCAAGUGAAGCUGCUCCCUUGCAUGCAAAGAAGGAAAGUGUGGAACUGAAAACUCAGGCUGCGACUGUUGCAGCAAGUGAAGCUGCACCCUUGCAGGAUGCAAGUAAGAAAGCUGAGGAACAGAGAACUCUGGGUGUAAGUCAAGAAGUAGCUCAUUCACAUGGAAAUAAAGAAACCGAGGAGCAAAAAACACAGGCUGUAACUGUUCAGACAAGUGAACCAGUAGCACCCCCAUAUACAAGUAAGGAAGAUGAGCAGAAAACGCAGGAUGCAGUUGAGGUAAAUGAAGCAGUAGCACUCUUGUCUGCAGGUAAGGAAGUGGAGGACCAGAAAAUGCAAAAUGCAGCUGUUAAUGAAAUGGCAGCAGCUGAGACAGAAUCUGUGAAGAAAAUCAGUGUUCUAAGUGAUCAUACUGAAAGCUAUGUGCACAAUGAAACAAAAUUGACUAUUAGUCAUGAGGAAGACCAUACAAACCAUGAAAAUGAAUUGAAAGAAAAUGAAAACGUGCAAAGUCAAAUUGCCGAGUCAGCAGUAAACGUAGAACUGUUUCAGAAUGAUCAACAUGUAGAGUCUAAAGUAAAUCUUGAUUCUGUUGCAAGUCCUGAAAAGACUUUAAAAGAUGAAAAAGCUCAACAGGUAGAGAGGUUGACAGAUGCGUCUACAGAUGUGGCAGCAUUCACUUGUUUGGAAACGGAAUAUGCAGAGCAGAUAAAUGAACACCUGGGGAAGGGAGCUGUGAAUGACUUGGAGGAUGAUAAACCAAUUGUGACUACAUAUACAUUUAAAAAAGACUUGCUUUCACAUACUAGCAAGAAGGAAAUCUUGGAAAUCUCUAUGGAACCUCCCACAAGUAAAUGCAGCCAGCCUUUAGACACAGAAGAAAAUGCUGCAAAGAUUUCAUCUGUUAAACUACUACCCACUGAAGUGAAGGUUGCAGCUGAACUUGAAAUGGUAUACCUCAACAAGGAAGAGUUGCCUUACCAGAAAAAUGAUAAUUUAAUAGAAAGUCCAACUGAACUGCAUCAGGAAAGUGAUUGCAACAGACUGUUAAAAUCAGAUCAUGAGGCUGCUACUGAACAGAAGCUUGAACAUUUAUGUAGUGGUCCAGAUGAUCCUGAAAACACUGUGGCAGGGUAUGUCUACAGUAGUUCUGACCAGGUGAAGGAAGAAAAUCUCACAGAAGAAAUAACUGGUGAUAAAAUGCUCAUGACUACUGAUGAUGAAAUACUCGUGACUACUGACAUGACUGCCAGUUGUGAGCCUCCAUUGCAAGGCAUAGAGCUGUGCGCAAACAAAAUAACAGUUGAAGUGAAGAGUCAUGAAAGCACUUUAGACACCUUUGAAGAACAAGGUUGCUUAGAUGCCAAAGGUAAUUAUCUUUUUUCCCAGAUUUGUAAACUGGAGAAUAGCCAAACUGGUAUGGCCAAAGAGAGGACUUGCUCCCCAUCUGCAGGUGACGAUAGCAUCCACUUAAAUCUGUGCGACUCCAGCGGCAAGCCCAGCAGUCCAGCUGAUGUACACUCUGGAACCCAGUCCUUACAUGUGGCUGUCUUGAAAUCUGAUACAUUUCCUGAGAGGACUGCAGAAACUAAUGGUACUUUACAUCUUGAACACAAAGUUGAAAAUGAAGAAUCUAUACCCUUGUCUAGCAACAUGGGUGCAGAAACCAGUAAUAGGAAGUUUGAAAUUCUAGGGGAGAAGGUAAAUUGUGCACUCCAUAAAGAAAGCGAGGAAUAUUUAACUAAUGUGAUAGAUUUUGGUGGGAAAGCAGAUGAACAGAUAAUAACCGAAGUUCAAGACUGGGCUCUGGAAAAUAGCCAAAGUUUUCUUACUGAUGCAGUACCAGGAUCUGUUCAAGAAUGCACACUUUCAGAGGAAAGUGAAAACUGCAACAAAGAUCACAAAGCUUUAAAAGAACAAACAGAACUAUUUAACACACCAAAUAUUCACCCUAAUAUAAAUAGUGAAAUGGAGCUUGAGGGUAACUUGUAUAUUGACAGUAGUGCUGGUAAAAAUGAUGCCAUAGUUGAAGCUGUAGAAAUAAUGCAAGCAUCCAGUGAGAGAGAAUUGGCAACUGAACCCAAAGCAGAAAAACUGGAGAGCCACCAUCCUACAUUAAGGAAUAUAGAAGUAGAAGAGCUGGGCAAGGAGGAGGCAGUAACUGAUACAGAGGAAAUAACCCAGAAAGAUGGAACAAUAUUUACAGAAGACAACUUGUUGGGAAAAAAGGAAAUAUUGCUAGCUGACACAGAACUGAAUAGGAAGGAUAUAGUAGACACUCUGUUAUGUGAAAGAGAAAUAUCAAAGACAGACUUGGAAGUUAGAAAGAACCUGACAGAAGCAGCUGUGGGUGCACUGAACCAUGAAGAUACUGAUAUUACAGGAGUAGGUGAGGUGAUGCUGGAAAGUGCCGGUAACUGAAACUGCAUUUGGGAUGAACGUGAAAAGUUGCACUGCGUACUAUAGCAGAAAAACUAGAAAAGAAAGACUAACUUGGGAGAAGGCAAACUAGACAAGAUUGCUAGUACAGAUGUAGAUAAAUAAUGAGAUUUAACUCGCAUUUUUCUUAUUUAAUUUACCAACUGUAUUCAAGGGGGGGUGCCACAGGUGAACAGCUUAUUUUAAAGAUUCAGGAACUGCAACUAGUAUGUAGGGCAGUGUGAUUUUUUUUUUUUAGUUGCAGACCAUUUGUCACAGUGAUUCAUUUGUUGAGUGUUUCACUGACCACUGCAGGUUUUUCUGGAUCCAAAAAUGGAUGUAGUUUGUAAGAAGGGGGGGGUGCAGAGCAGUCAUGGGUAUGCAGUAGCUUGGGUUCUACUGAGUUGGUGAGCCAUGUUUCUUGUCUGAUGCAAAUUUGCAGUUAAGUUCACCACAGUGUGUUUUAAAAGCAGUAUGACUGCAUAAUCAGUUGUAGGCAUCCAACACUGGAAAAUGUUAAGUGUUAGCUGCAGAAAAUGUCAGUUCACUGAAAUUAUGGAUUGGAAGGCAGUUGUAAUGCAUCACUAGUGAGUUUUAACUGAGUAAAAGUAUCACACUGGAUUUUUCUAAAUCCAUGGAGGGAUGUAAAAUGUGUUAUUUUCUCCCCUAAAGAUGUUAAGGGUCAUGGGCAUCUGGUUCUGACGUGCGAGUUGUGCCCAUUUAGAAUGUUGAUGUGACGUUUUGUAAUUUUUUAAACUAUGGAUCCUUCCUCCUUUUUUAGAUUCUGCACUCCACUUGGAAAUUUUUUAUUAAAUCUUUUCAUGUUCUGAUAGUAGCGCCAACUGUUCAGCGCCAACUGUUCAGCUUUUACUUGUGACCCAUCAUACUGUUAUGACACUUCAUGGGAAUGGUGCAUACACACACUUGUAACACAAGCACCAUGUGGGCAUCUGAUUUUUGUAGAUCAUGCACAUUUUGGGCCACUUUUAGGUCUUCAUAUUCUUGUUUCAUACUUAAUAUGACACAAACGCAGUUGAUGAAGGGAAGAUUCCAUCCAGUAUUUGGUUAAUGUUCACUGCAUCCCCUGAAUUUUUGGGCUGUUUUGGUAUGAAGCAAUGCAGUUAUUUUAAGAUUCUGGUAAACUUUCUUGUUUGAAUCUGGAAGCUUUAAUCACAAAUCUAUUUUAACACAGUAGAAACAUGGGGAAGGUAACUAUCCAUUUUGCUAUGAUCCGUUUAAGAAGGUAUCAAAAUAAAGGUUGUUUACAUAAA